CAACAGCGUACGAGCUAUUCACGAGGGCUGUCGUCUGCUCGGCUAGUUUUAGAAAUGGCAUCGACCGUUUCAAAUGGCAACGACUGUUCUGAGAAAUGGCAUCGACCGUUUCAAAUGGCAACGACCGUUUACGAAAGGGAAAUUUGCCUCGCCGCCAAAUGGCUUGUUUCGACCGCGUAUCGUUGGGUUUUCUUUUACACUUGUGCCUGUGGCCUUUUCAUCGAGUGGACGGCACCGUUAUUAAUAUUUAUUCAUCUUUAGAGCCGUAUAGUAUUUUAGCUAAUUUAAGUAGACCGGGAUGGACGAAUUACACGCUUGAAGCAUCGAACACCGACGAACACACUACUCUUCUUCAAAUUCUGUCUAUUGUUCAACAAACGGAUUAUUGCGAAUGAUUCGCAAGCCAGACUGCACAUCUCUACUCAAUCAUCGACUUCCAUUUUUUAAUUCAGCAGAGAGGACUCAAAGACCUCUGACUGUGACAAUUUUUGGAAAAAACUGCUGUAGAAAGCUUCAGAGAAAAGUGUCUUGGACCACUUCAGUCGGAACACGUGUGUUUCGAUUGAAAGACUUCAUUCACGAAGAAGAUCAUGCGUCGCUAAGGCUUAGAGAGACACCAUGGAGAAAGUAUUUUAGAUUCGACGCCAAAUCCGAUUAUUUGGUGCUUCGAAAAUCGUUACUUAGACUUCAAGAAAACACUCUGAUAGUGGAGUUGGUAUUUCCGGUUGGUUCUAAGAAUGCGAGUGGAAAUAAACAAGUUAUUGUAGCGCGACUUGAGUUGUUUAUCGAUAAAAACGCAAACAAUUUUGCCAAGAAGGUACGCCGAUUUCAUCGUCGACCAUAGAAAACAGUUCCCCGUUUCUCCAGCUCUCAGUUAAUUGCUAAGGUUAGAGAAAAUCGUUUCGUAGGAACAAGCGUUAUUACGAUUCAAGCACAAGAUACGAACAAUGGGUACGCUGGGAAAAUUAAAUACUCGAUGGAAGUGUCCCAGAAUUUACUCAGUCUGUUGUUAUUUGGGAUCGGUCCUAACACGGGAUUAAUAAAAACGUGAAAAAAAAAAGAGAUCGUGAAAAGAUGCCGACGUACUAUUUUCGUAUCAAAGCCGAAUACGAACAAGAUAGAUCGUUGUAUGCUGAAGCAGAUCUGACCAUGUAUGUCAAUGAUGUAAACGACAACGCGCCGAACUUCGAAUCAUCCUCUGACAGCAAAGUCAUACCAGAGAAUAUUUACCUAUAUCGGAGAGACGGUCCUUGAUGUGCGAGCGCGCGAUUUAGUUACAGGUUCCAAAGCAGAUAGUCGUUACAACAUCAUUAAUAAAAGUGGUGUUUGCAGUGCAUUUGCAAUUGGUCAAAGUAGUGGUUCAAUAACUAUAGACAAACAUCUGGAUUGAGAAACUGUACAGCAAUACUCCCUUACUGUCCGGGAAAGUGAUAGUUCAUCCCCUCCUAAGACAGACCAGGCCACUGUGCGAAUUACUGUUGCUGAUGUCUAUGACUGUGAUCUUCAGUUUUUAAAGAGAAUACUCCAAAAAGAUUCCUGAAAACAUCAAAACAGGGGAGCUAGUUUUGAUUGUAAGUGCAUCAGAUGAGGACCUUGGCACCAAUGGUGAAGUCACCAACAGUUUUAGCAGUGGUAAAGACCAGGAACUUUUUUCUAUCAAUCAUCUUAAUGGUCAGAUCAAAGUAAACAAGAAACUUUAUUAUGAGUACAUUCCAGUGCAUACACUUUUUCUGAUGGCUCAAGACAAAGGCAAAUCGCCAAAUUACAAUGAAACCUCAGUGGAGAUAUAUCUUAUUGAUGUCAAUGACAAUGCACCUCAGUUUGUGAAUUCCGAUUUUCAAGAAAUGGUCUCAGAAUGUUGGAGUGUAGGACACACCUUUAUAUUUGUUACUGCAUUUGAAGCAGAUGAUGGUACAAACAAACAGAUCAUUUACAGAAGUGAGUGCAACCGAUCAUGGUAAUCCUCUAUUUGAAGGAACUGCUAAUGUACAUAUAACAGUAGCAGAUGUAAAUGACAACAAACCAAGAUUUUUACAAGCCAACUAUGAAAAGCCCAUUCUGGAAAAUGUACAGCCUGCAACAGUUUUGGAAGUCUCUGCAGUUGAUGAUGAUGAGGGUUCAAAUAAAGCCAUUAUCUACUCAUUUGCUAAAAAUGGUAAAUAUAUCUAAUUUAUUGUUUGAUAUUUCAUCAUGAGCUACAUGUGUAAGUAACCCUCAAAUAGGGUAAUUUAGUACUAUCAAUUGAGUUGGUAACAUAAAUUGGCCACCAUAAAGAGUUAUAAAGCUGAUGUUUCAGUGUUAGCCCAUUGUCAUGGCUCUGAGAAAGGGCCAAGGCUUGAAACAUUAACCGUAAUUCUUUAAGGUGGCCAAUCUGUACGUUAUCAACUCAGUUGAUAAUAAUGAAUUACCCUGUUACAAUCUUCCACUGACGCAACACCAUAGUUUCUUUAGAAACUUACCCCUCUUAAUCCCCAAAUACUUGCAUGUAGUGCAUAUCAACUGAAUCAGCCCAAUAACAUAUUUCAAUUUCAGGUGUUCAUUUGUAUUUCCCUUUUGUUUUGUAGACAUUUAUAGCUAAGUAAUCCCUAACCCUUUGUUGCGUAACAUCAGUAUACAAGUUCUCCAUACUGUUCUCUAUACAUUUCCAAUGGUGCAAACCCUUUGCUGCUUAACAUCAGUAUACAAGUUCUCCAUACUGUUCUCUAUACAUUUUCAAUGGUACAAACCCUUUGCUGCAUAACAUCAGUAUACAAGUUCUCCAUACUGUUCUCUAUACAUUUUCAAUGGUACAAACCCUUUGCUGCUUAACAUCAGUAUACAAGUUCUCCAUACUGUUCUCUAUACAUUUUCAAUGGUACAAACCCUUUGCUGCUUAACAUCAGUAUACAAGUUCUCCAUACUGUUCUCUAUACAUUUUCAAUGGUACAAACCCUUUGCUGCUUAACAUCAGUAUACAAGUUCUCCAUACUGUUCUCUAUACAUUUUCAACCAACAAGGAGAAUUUGUAGAACAAUGAAGAGUUUCUUGGGUUUGUGAUCAUUUCCUUUAUUCUCAUGACCUCAAUGUUUGAUCCAGAGGUAAAACUGUUGGGAGUAAUUAGAUGUUUAUCAUUCUUAGGGAUUAAAGGGUUAAAGAUGUAAAAUCUGUAGCUUUUUUUUUACAACAUUCCAAAUCUUUUUUACUUAAAAUUCAUGUUAAGCUACACUGUCUAACACUGGUGCAUGUCUAAAAUUUGUUGACGUGUUUUAGCAAGAGUGGGUGAAGAAAAAUCUAAUCAGUGACACUCUUGGCUGCUUCUUGUGUUAAUUUUUUUUUUGUUUUAUUUACAUUUGGACAUCUGCUGUGAUCUGAACAGACCCAUGGCAACAUUGAAUGUGUUUGUUUUUACAUAAUAAUAAAAGCACAAUGUUGUUGGCCCUCUACAGCCUAACAUCAGUAUGCAUAUUCUCCAUACUUUUGUUUAUACAUUUCCUAAGGUGCUGAUAAGGAGAAUUUGAUAAACCAUCAAGAGCUUCUCUUGUUUAUGAUCAUUUCCUUUAUUCUUGUGACCUUAAUGUGUGAUUCUGGGGGAUAUUUUAAGGAGAAAUUAGAUGUUAGUCACUCUUAGGGGUUAAAGGGUUGAUAGGUUUCAAGUACAGGUAUUGAUUAAGCCAUUUAUGAUCGUGUUCUUAUUAAUAUUUUUGGUGGUUGUUGUUGUAUUUUUCAAUACUCAUCUAGGUGAUGGAGGUGGUGCUUUUCAAAUUGAUAGCAAUCAGGGAGUCAUCAGAACUUGAUCAUGAAACAAUUCCCAAAUAUGAACUGACUGUGGUUGCUGCCAACAAAGGCAGACCAUCAAUGAAGUCAACUGUGAAAGUCAAGAUAACACUGGAAGAUGUUCGUGACAGUAAACCAAAAUUUGAAAAGGGUUCGUAUGUAGUGUUUCUUGAUGAAGAUGUGAGAAUGCGUUCCAAUGGAACGAGUGCAAACUAAUUAUAGAUGCCCCUGUGCUACUGACUAUCAAGGAGAAAGUUGCAACACAGGUUUAAACUUGUGCUACUCCAAUCCUUGUGGAAACAAUGGGAAGUGUGUGUGUGUAGAGGAAGGCUACUCUUGUAUAUGCAAUCCAGGAAGAGCUGGUGUAAACUGUGAGAUUGACAUGUCAAAGAGCAAGUGUCCUACAGACUCAAAAGUGACAGAAAAUCAUCUAAAUGCAAAUCCAUGCCAUAGUGAUGGUGGUUGUAAAAAUGUUCUUGGAAGCAGGUUCACCUGUCAGUGCAAAGAUUUGAAUGAAGUUGAUGGGUCACUGUGCCAACUGAAAAGGUGCAGUUUUGAAAAAGGAUCAUUUGUUGCCUUUCCUGGUAAGGAUUUAUUUGUAGUUACAUGUUCUAUAAUUCCUAGAAUAAGCUCUUCUACUUUUAGUAAGCGCCCUUCUAAAACUUGCCACUUCUGCAUGACUGCAUGGGCCACUUGAUACUUAAGUGGACUUUACUCUUUUUUACUGAAUUUGACUGAAUUUCACACAGGAUUGAAAAUGGAUGAAAAACUGACAGAAUUAAGAUACAAUGAAUUUUUGAAUGUUGAGGUUUUUAAAGUUAAGUGCUGGUGUUGUGUAAUGAAUAGAUUAUUAAUAUGGGAGGUGACUUGAAAUCAAACAAGUUAGUCACAUAUACUAUGUUAGAGCAUUGUGUUCCAAUCCAGGUGCUUCUUCUACCUUGUGUUGGGGAUAGAAUUUCAAUUGUUGUGAGGCUUUUUGUGAGUUUAAAUGUAUUGGUUUACUAUCCUUCAUGUAGCUCCUUCUAAAAGGUAAUUUUAUGUUAACCCUUUUCACCCAAACAUCAGUACCCAUAUUCUCCAUACUGUUCUCUGUACAUUUCCUAAGUUAACCCUAUAACUCCCAAGAUCUGAUUGUUAAUUCUCCCCUGUAGUUGCUAUACAUUUCCUUGUAAAUUAGUUACGAGAACUUGGUGCUACAGUAGAUCAGGAUAGCAGCUUCUACCUGAUAAGUUUGAAUUUUCUCAUUACUUGUUUGCUGAAGAAUGUAUGGAUAUUGUGGGGAGAAGUUUUAUGUUAAUCACUUCUGGGAGUUAAAGGGUUUAAAUGACAAAGAGACUGUACAACAAUCAAGAGCUUCUUUAGCUGGUGAUCAUUUCCUUUAUUCUAGGGACUUUAAUGAGUGAUUUAGGUGUGAUAUUGCAAUGAGAAAUUAGAUGCUGGUCACUCUUAGGGGUGAAUGGAUUGUUACUCAAUGGCACUGUUUGUAGUUUGUUUUGAUGUGAUGAUAAUGAUGACGUUAAUUUUUCCUAGCACUGAAACAAAGAUGGCAUUUACACAUACAGAUGGAGUUUGCCACCACUGUGCACAGUGGGCUCUUGCUCCUCAACGGACGGUGUGAUGGAAAACACAACUUUAUUGCCGUGGAGGUGUGGCAAGGACAAGUUUGGUUCAGGUUUUCACUUUUUUCCCACGAAGUUAUUGUUACAUCAAAUGUAAAUGGCAGUGUCAUUGACGGCAAUUGGCAUAAAGUAGAAGUGGCAUUUCAGAACAGGGUAAGAAUCUUUUUUGAAAAAAAAUUUGCGAUAUGAAUUCCAUUUUAUUUGUGUAUAUGCACAUGAAUGUGAAUUACAUUUUAUUUCAUCAAGAACCUUUUAUACCAUGUAAGUCUUCUGUUCAGUUAACCCUUUAACUCCCAAGAUCUGAGUGUCAAUUCUCCCCUGUAGCUGCUGUUCAUUUUCUUUAAAUUAGUUACAAGAAUCUGGUAGAAUCAGAUCAAGAUAACAACUUUGAGUAUUCUCAUUACCUGUGUAAUGGAUAAUGUUUGGAUAUUAUAAUUACAUGUUUGUUACUUGUGGGAGUUGAAGGGUGAAGGAGGCAAUGAGAAAUUCAAUUUAUUUUGUAUCACAGUCUGUUACUUUUUUUCUGGUACUUUACAAUUUGCAAAGUUCUGAACUAGAUGUUACUUUAAAUUUGUAAACUAAACUGACAUGUACCUACAGGUAAAGUGUAAAACUACAGAUUGGAGCUUUUCUAGAGCAAUAUUCACAUAAUGGUUUCAAUAUGUUUAUGAGUGUCCUGUGAUUUUGUGGCUUAAACUUUUUUACUCUAAAGGUUAUAUGUAUUUUUGGUGGCCAAUAGCCUGUAGACAACUCUUGUGUAAUUUGAGGGUAAAUAUGUUAACUUCAGUUGUUAAGAUUCAAGUGUCAAGGGUCAUGUCUCAAACAUAUCUGACCAUUCACAUUACCACGGUAUUUGCUGGUUGCACAAUUGUGUGUUUGGUUGCUCAAUAUCAGGAAAAAAAUGGCUAAAUAUUGUAUUAUUUAUGGAAUUGUUUACUGAUUUGAAGAGUGCAGUUUUGGAGUGGUGUAUGUUACACAAUACUUUUCAUUUGACAUUCCUUACAAUGCAAAAAUUCCAGUCAUUUAAAUUGAUUAGAGAGCCUUAUCUCUUCGAGUUGAAAAUUGUUCUUUUUUUUAAGGAACAAUUUCAUAAAACCACGCACUCAAUCUUGGUUAAAUUUCACUGCAUGGAAGCCAAAACCUGUUAAAAAUCUAAAACAUAUGUUUUCAUCAGUCAUUAAACAAACCACCCAAAAGACAUGAUCAACUUUGGGAUUAUCUGCUUCUCUGUGCUAGUAUUUUGAUAGAUAUUACUCAACUAUUUUAUAGAGCAUCUUAAUUAGGGUAAAACUCUUGACAAAAAACAACACUUACCUGUUUUUCCUCUGUAUCAUCCAUUAAAAAAAAAACAACAACAAUUUCAACAAGACAAAAACAAAAGAACAAACUUGAAAUUUUCAUAUGAAAACAACUACUACCUUCAUUGAUAACCUCUGAACUUAAAAAAAUUCAAAAUGUAAAGGAAUGAAGAUAAAUAAUUCCUUCUCAGAUCAAUAAUCCAAAAAUCAUUUUGGAAGUAUCACAGCUUCUUCAGAGCAACAAGCUGUUUAAGUUUGGAAAAAAACAAACAUACAUACUGAUGUAGACAACUCCUGCAGUGAUAAGCAAUUCAAAAUUUCAACCUGGCACAGCUAUGACAAAAAACUUAGCAUUGAAACAUGUAUGAACGUGCACAACAUGUGCCAAGAUAACCUGUGUUUUAAAUGAUCUUGCCAAACAUUGUAUACAAAUGAACAAAUUGACUACAUAUGGAUAAAAAGUCUUAACCCUUUACACCCUAACAUCAGUAUGCAUAUUCUCCUUACUGUUCUCUAUACAUUUUCUAAGGUGCUGGCAAGGAGAAUUUGUUUAACAAUCAAGAGAUUCUUUAAUUGAUUAUCAUUUCCUUUAUUCUCAUGACCUAAAUGUUUGAUUCAAGGCUGAUAUUGAAAGGAGAAAUUAGAUGCUGGUCACUCUCAGGGAUUAAAGGGUCAAAGAAGGGCAGCAAAAGUAAUAAAAAGGAAGCAAAAGUAAUAAAAGGGAAAAAAGAGAACAAUCUGGGGAUAGCAGUAAACACAUACAGUACAUAUACUUCAGUAUGUAUGAGAGAACAUCAGAAGUGUGAAUCCAAAGGUUGUAAUUUCAACUCUGAGAAUUCAGAGUGCUUUCAGUCUGAGUAUGAAUGCAAUGAUGAAUACAUCAUCUUUCACAUAAAUGAGUGUUCCUGUAAUCUUGAAUAUUUAAAACUAGGAAUCAAAUGAACAUAAAAUAGUUACAGGGUGUGGUCAUGUUACAAUGAUGUUGUGCACAUCAUUUAUUUCAUUCUUUGUGCUAAAAAAUGGCAUUAGUGGGGGCUGGACAAAAAUUGGGACAUAGUCCUGUCUCCCCCUCCAGUUGCUAUUUGUUAUUUAUUGGAGAGAAUUCAAAGUUUCUUGUUUUUCAUUGCAAUAGCGCUGAGUGGUGUGCAAUGAAAAUGCAUGACCUAUAGGUAAUUCAUUGUAUUCUUUCAGAAGUAAUUACAAGUUAAAGUAUAACUUGCAUUGUUUAAAAAAAUGAAAAGGUCGUGGGAAAAGAAUGGGCAUCACACAACAAAGAGUUUGAACUUGUGGGAAAAUACUAAAAUAUAUCAAUCCCUUUUGAAUGUUGUUGAUACUGAAUUUUUAACUUAAAGAAAAGAAAACAAAAAGAUUUUGGAAUUAUUUCUCUUCCGGUGUAGGCAUGGCAAUUACUGGUAGAAACCAAAUAAUCUGCGGCUGAUAAGGGAGAGCCUGGAUAUUCCAAAACUGCAUCACUGUAGAUGUAAAAUCUCAUUGAAAUAACGGUUGUGGACCAUUAAUGUAAAAGAAUGUAGUUGAGCCCAAAAAAACUUUUGGAGGGCAUAAUAUGUAGUAGUGGAGUGCUACUGUUAUCAGUUCUGUACAGAAUCCUAAUCAGAUCAUUGUUUUUCAAACUUGAAUCUUUCAUCUAUGACUGCCUAGUUUUAAUAAUGAAAAUUUUCCAUCUAGGUUUUUCCUUUAUCAUUUCCUUAUUAUGUCUUUGUACAUUGUACAAUUGUAUAACCAGCAUGCCCUCAUCUGAAUAAAGGUAGCCUAGGCCACUUAAAUUUUGUCAGAUAAUUCUACAAAUAAUUUGGCUAAAAAAAAUGAUCUGAUCUAAGAUGCCUGAAGGAUAACUCAACAAACAUCUCAUCUUUCUGCCCUUAAUUCAGUAAGUGACUUUCCUGAGAUGAACCUUUUAAUUAUUAGAAGUGAUUAACAUGUAACUUCUCCCUAUGGUAUCCAUACAUAAUUAUUAGAAGUGAUUAACAUGUAACUUCUCCCUAUGGUAUCCAUACAUAAUUAUUAGAAGUGAUUAACAUGUAACUUCUCCCUAUGGUAUUCAUACAUAAUUAUUAGAAGUGAUUAACAUGUAACUUCUCCCAAUGGUAUCCAUACAUAAUUAUUAGAAGUGAUUAACAUGUAACUUCUCCCUAUGGUAUUCAUACAUAAUUAUUAGAAGUGAUUAACAUGUAACUUCUCCCUAUGGUAUCCAUACAUAAUUAUUAGAAGUGAUUAACAUGUAACUUCUCCCUAUGGUAUUCAUACAUAAUUAUUAGAAGUGAUUAACAUGUAACUUCUCCCUAUGGUAUUCAUACAUAAUUAUUAGAAGUGAUUAACAUGUAACUUCUCCCUAUGGUAUUCAUACAUAAUUAUUAGAAGUGAUUAACAUGUAACUUCUCCCUAUGGUAUCCAUACAUAAUUAUUAGAAGUGAUUAACAUGUAACUUCUCUCUAUGGUAUCCAUACAUAAUUAUUAGAAGUGAUUAACAUGUAACUUCUCCCUAUGGUAUUCAUACAUAAUUAUUAGAAGUGAUUAACAUGUAACUUCUCCCUAUGGUAUCCAUACAUAAUUAUUAGAAGUGAUUAACAUGUAACUUCUCCCUAUGGUAUUCAUACAUAAUUAUUAGAAGUGAUUAACAUGUAACUUCUCCCUAUGGUAUUCAUACAUAAUUAUUAGAAGUGAUUAACAUGUAACUUCUCCCUAUGGUAUUCAUACAUAAUUAUUAGAAGUGAUUAACAUGUAACUUCUCCCUAUGGUAUCCAUACAUAAUUAUUAGAAGUGAUUAACAUGUAACUUCUCUCUAUGGUAUCCAUACAUAAUUAUUAGAAGUGAUUAACAUGUAACUUCUCCCUAUGGUAUUCAUACAUAAUUAUUAGAAGUGAUUAACAUGUAACUUCUCCCUAUGGUAUCCAUACAUAAUUAUUAGAAGUGAUUAACAUGUAACUUCUCCCAAUGGUAUUCAUACAUAAUUAUUAGAAGUGAUUAACAUGUAACUUCUCCCUAUGGUAUCCAUACAUAAUUAUUAGAAGUGAUUAACAUGUAACUUCUCCCUAUGGUAUUCAUACAUAAUUAUUAGAAGUGAUUAACAUGUAACUUCUCCCUAUGGUAUCCAUACAUAAUUAUAAGAAGUGAUUAACAUGUAACUUCUCCCUAUGGUAUUCAUACAUAAUUAUUAGAAGUGAUUAACAUGUAACUUCUCCCUAUGGUAUUCAUACAUAAUUAUUAGAAGUGAUUAACAUGUAACUUCUCUCUAUGGUAUCCAUACAUAAUUAUUAGAAGUGAUUAACAUGUAACUUCUCCCUAUGGUAUUCAUACAUAAUUAUUAGAAGUGAUUAACAUGUAACUUCUCCCAAUGGUAUCCAUACAUAAUUAUUAGAAGUGAUUAACAUGUAACUUCUCCCUAUGGUAUUCAUACAUAAUUAUUAGAAGUGAUUAACAUGUAACUUCUCCCUAUGGUAUUCAUACAUAAUUAUUAGAAGUGAUUAACAUGUAACUUCUCCCAAUGGUAUCCAUACAUAAUUAUUAGAAGUGAUUAACAUGUAACUUCUCCCUAUGGUAUCCAUACAUAAUUAUUAGAAGUGAUUAACAUGUAACUUCUCCCUAUGGUAUCCAUACAUAAUUAUUAGAAGUGAUUAACAUGUAACUUCUCUCUAUGGUAUCCAUACAUAAUUAUUAGAAGUGAUUAACAUGUAACUUCUCCCUAUGGUAUCCAUACAUAAUUAUUAGAAGUGAUUAACAUGUAACUUCUCCCUAUGGUAUCCAUACAUAAUUAUUAGAAGUGAUUAACAUGUAACUUCUCCCUAUGGCAUCCAUACAUAAUUAUUAGAAGUGAUUAACAUGUAACUUCUCCCUAUGGCAUCCAUACAUAAUUAUUAGAAGUGAUUAACAUGUAACUUCUCCCUAUGGUAUCCAUACAUAAUUCUGCAAACAGGUAAUAAGAAUACUCAGACUUAUCAGUUACAGUUGUGUUCUUGAUCUAACACCAACUCCUGGUAACUACAACUGUAAUUUAAAAGGGAAUGUGUAGCAGCAAGAGGGGAGAAUUAACAAUCACAUCUUAGGAGUUAAAGGGUAAACUGCUAUGUACAUAUAUUGGAGGGAUUUGACCUUUCAGCAAGCAACACUUUCAACUUUACCAGUAGUCCUUUAACUCCCAAGAUCUCAUUAGUAAUUCUCCUUACUGUCUGCCAUACAGUUCUUCUGAAGCUAGUUUGGGGAAUUUGGUAAUGGAUCAAGUAAUCCUAAUUAAGAUUUUUUUUUUCAUCAUGUGUCUGCUUGAUAUUGUAUUGAUAUUGUAAGGAGAAAUUCUGUCUUGGUCACUCAUGGGAGUUAAAGGGUUAACCCCCUGUUACAAUCCAGUAUCCCAAGUUAUCUUGUGUUUUACUCUGAUGAUCUCAGAGUUAGUCUUCACUUUAUAUUGAAAAAAAUUAAAACAUACAAGGAUAAGUAACCCUUUUUUGAAGUGUUUUUUACCCAGUAAAUCAUUUUUUUUUCUUUUUUCAGACUGGCAUUAUCAUUGUUGACAACUGUAAACUUGCAGUGGCAGUGAAUUUUGGGACCAAUGCAGCCUUCUUCCCAUGUGCCGCAGCACAGCAACUUCAAAUUAAAGAUGAAUUGGAAAAUUACAGGUACAUUUUUAUGUGAAUGCACACCAUCAGAGAGGCAGAGUAGCUGAGUGCUUAGGGUGCUGGCCAGCUGCUUAGGAUGCUGGCUAGGUGCUUGGGUGCCAGCCAGGUGCUUAGGGCACUUGCCAAGUGCUAAGGGGACUGGCCAAGUGCUUAGGGCGCUGGACUUGAAAUCCGAUGGUCCAAGGUUGUAGUUCUCCACUCAGCUACUUACUGGAUUUGUUUUCAGUUGCCCUGAGUUCCACUCAUUGGCUUUGCUCUGUUUGGCUGCCUUUUACUAGUUGGGAAUCUUAAAAACUGUGUUGAUGUUUAUUUACUAUGUUUACUUCCAAUUUGUUUUUACAUAUAUUGGAGGGAUUUAAGUGUUUUUACCCUUUGACCCUUUCACCUUUACCUGCAACCCUUUAACUCCCAAGAUCUCAUUAAUAAUUCUCCUUACUGUCUGCCAUAUAGUACUUCUGAAGUUAGUUUGGGGAAUUAAAAUUUUUCCUUUUCUUAUCACUUGUCUGCUUGAUAUUAUAUUGAUAUUGUAAGGAGAACUUGUGUCUUGGUCAAUCAUGGGAGUUAAAGGGUUAAUGCCCUGUUAAAAUCCAGUAUCCUAGAGUUAGUCUUCAUUUUAUAUUGAAAAAAUUUAGUUCAUACAAGGGUUAGUGACCCUUUUUCAAAAUGAUUUUUAGUCAGUAAUUCAUUUUUUUUUCUUUGUUUAGACUGGCAUUAUCAUUGUUGACAACUGUAAACUUGCAGUGGCAGUGAAUUUUGGGACCAAAGCAGCCCCCUUCCCAUUUGCUGCAGCACAGCAGCUUCAAAUUAAAGAUGAAUCGGAAAAUUACAGGUACAUUUUUAUGUAAAUGAUAAUUCUUCAUGUCUACUUCCUUUUUAAAUUCUCAAAGUCGUGUAUGGAAUGUUUUCGUGUUUGGAAUAAAAAGCAAACUGCAAAUAGCAACGCUGUGAUCCUUUUUUUUUUUUUAGCUCCUUCGAUCUGACAGGCCCUCUUCUUCUUGGUGGGCUUAUUCAGCUACCAGUUAAAUUCCCAGUCCUCUACAAACAUUUUACUGGCUGCAUCAGAAAUAUUUACAUCAAGUUCUUGGACUUCAGUCAGCCAUUGUACAACAACGGAAUCAGUGCUAAAUGUAAAGCAAUGGGCAACACGUGCGCAUAUAAACCUUGCGAGCGAGGCACGUGUUUUAACAUACUUAGUUCUCGUGGCUGCCCCACUGGGUUUGAUGGAAGUCGCUGUGAAACAGGUAUUGAAUUUUUAUUUACGGAUAUGUUAGUGAACAUUCCUCUCGCACUUACUUUAGUUUGAAGCGUUCGGAAAAGUACAGAAUCUUUUGGAAUCUUUUCAAAUGCUUGGUAUCUAAGAUGCAGACAACAGUUCAUGAGUUGUGCAUGAUAAAAGACACCUUAUGAGCAUUUAAAUGUAUGCGGUUCCUUGUUAUGAGAAAUGUAUCGUCGAGUUUGUCUGGUUUAGUGGAUCUUCAAUUAAUAAAUGCACGUACUUAAUCACUGGUAUUUUCGCCUUGAAUUAUCGAUCCAUACCAGAUUUUGACCCGACAGUUUUGAGAAAAGAGCGAAAAAUCAGUUUUUCUGUACAUUUGACGAAGAUCUGCCGGUUUCAAAAACCCUGUGAACAAUCCUCAGAGUUGAAAGAUUCCCUUCCUUAACGUUAAGGGCCGAGUUCCUCAAAUACUGUCUUCUGUUGUGUCAGCAAUUUCUGUUUCUUAACCUUUUCACUGCCAAGAUAUCAUUGUUAAUUCUCCUUACUGUCUGUCAUACAAUUCUUAUGAUGUUAGUUUUGAGAAUUUAGUAUUGGAUCAAUUCAUAAUUCUGUAAUUGAUAUUUUUCUUUAUUCUCGUCGCUUGUCCGCUUGUCUACAAUUCUUACAAUAUUAGUUCAGAAAAUUUAGUAUUGGAUCAACUAAUUAUUCCCAAAUUGAUGUUUUUCUUUAUUCUCAUCGCUUAUCUGGUUGAUGUUGUAUUAAUUUUGUAAGGAUAAAUACUGUCAUGGUUACUCAUGGGAAUUUAAGGGUUAAAUUGGAGAGAAAUUAUCCAGGACUCCAGUUAGCGUUGAUUUUCUGGGAGUCACGUUACCCUAAAAUACCCCAACUAAGGAGAACGUCAAUUUCUUAUCACGAGUUCUUAUAUGGAAACCAUUCAUACAAACUUCCUCGUUCAACAGGUGUGAAAUACACUGAAAGAUUCUCAGGACAGAGUUUUAAGAGGGUGCCUGCUUAUUCAAAGGUCAAUCUUCAAUCUUCUUUAUAUGAGGAGACACUAACCUCCCUCUUUCCCUAUCCGUAGGGAUUUUUGUCGGGAGCACUGAGAUCAACAUGAACUCUGGAGUCAAUCACAAAACAGCAUCCAUCUGGUUGUGAAGAGAAAAUGGGAAGCCACUGCUCAUCGAACCCUUGUCCAGACUACAGCACGUGUCAAGAGGAAUUCGACUCUCACAAAUGCACAUGUUCUGCAGGUUGCGUUGGUAAACACUGCGUGCGCGUAUGUUCUCUUAAGCCGUGCCGACAUGGCAAAUGUGAUAGUUCAAACCAUGGAAAGGGAUUCUGAUGUGUUUGUCCUCAACAGUACACUGGUUAGUGGAUUUUUUUUUUUUUUUUUAAAUAAAAAAAAUUUCAAUGAUUUGCGGGCGCACUGGUACUGGUGAUUAGGCGCGAACUUGUUGUGGGGCGAAUUCACCAGUUAACGAUAUGCAACACAAAUCUCUCACUGUUGAACUUAAGAUUCACUUAAACUUAGAGUUUGAAUGUUUUGUAUAAUUUCUUAAGGGAAUUCUGUGAGGUUUGCAUGGAGAUACCCUGUCGAGAUAAGUACUUUGGUGCUUCAAGUAUAGGCGUCUGUGGUCCGUGUAAAUGUGAAGUGGGGAUGAAUCUGAGUCCAGUUUGUAACAAGUCUACAGGAGAGUGCUACUGUAAUGUAAGUACCAAAUAGAAGAAGCUUAUCAGAUGAAGUUUACUAAAACCGUGGAAAGUUACGAGAGUCUAAACCAGGGGAGAAAACUAGAGCAGUUUUUGUUUUUCCAUAUGAAGUCAGGAGAACGAGGGAAAAAUCAAUGGGGGAAAAAGCGAUAAUGCAGAAAACAAAUGAACAAAUAAAGACUCCUUAAUCUACCAUUAUGGACUAUGGACGAGCGGGAAAGGAGAAUUGUUUUCAGUCUGGGGGGACAUAAAGUUUUUGUGUGUGUGCUUUUAUAUUUCCUCGAAAAGAACAGGUUUUUAUACCGAUUUGUUUGCGAUUUGCAUCAUUCUUUAUAAGAUUGGUAUGGGAAACAGGGCAGAAAAGUGCAUUGUAGGGGCGAUGUGUCUGAAAGAAAGCCACUGAAUGGUUCUCUUGUGGUCUUGCAUUUUUCGUCGCCUGUAAACCGCGCCUACUGCUCUAGAAUUCAGUUCUGAAUCUAAUGUGUCUUUCAUUCACUUGUUACGCAACUGGUAAUCGGUGCUUUUUUUAAAAUUUUUACUCGUUUUGUUUUUGUCCAGGCGAAGCACUAUCGAAAGAUUGUAAGCUAUACAUUCUCGGGUGCCCCUCUGUUUAGUGAUGGCUGUUUUAGAUGUGACUGUGAAGAGAUUGGUAGUACUUGUGAUCAGUGUGCUGCAGAGAAUGGCCAGUGCCCUUGUCUUAAAGGCCGAAGGGGAGGGAAGAAUGUGGUCGGGAGGCGUUGUAAUCAGUGCGAAGACAAACAGGGUCAGAUUGUGAGUGGUGGAGGCUGUGUGGGUAAGUGAGAUUUUACGUAACUUGAACGCGUUGCAAACGCGGUGAAAAUGCGUUUGUAUGCGUAUUUAAUGCGUUUUAAAUGGGUUGCGUUGUGCGUGUAAGGUGUUGACAGUGCCUAUGAAACACGCUUCAACCCGUUCAAAACGCGUCUUUAUUGCAGGUGAAAUGCGUUUGCACGCGUUUAAAACAGGCGCAUAGACAUGCAUUAACUCCACUGCAGAGAAACAGAUCUUUUUCAGUCUUGUCAAAUAGGGAAGAAUCCCCAUUUUUCCAAUUUCCUACUUGGAAAAGGAAAUUGGUUGAAUUGUCAGAAAGUCGUGUGUUUGGUAACAUUUCUUUCAUGAGAAAAGAAAGUUAAUUUUAAUUCCUCUUUUCGAGAGUUUUUUAGAAACAGUUUGCACGAGAAAUCGUGAGUCUUCUGUACACAUAACUAACAACGAUUUGCAUUUGUUAAAUUAUUAUUGUUAGUAUUAUUACUAUUACUAUUAUUGCUAUUAUCAUAAUUAUAUUAUUAGUGAGUAGCGUAAGCGUUAGUGUAAUUAACUUUGUAUUUGUUUGUAUUACUCUAGUAUUUGUGCUUUAAGUGAAAAAAAAAAAAAUGUGUUUAAAAAAAAAAAAAAAAAAAUUAUAUUAUUUCACCACAUGAAAGGAAGAUAUCUCGAACAGCAUUCGUAAUGUUACCUCUUUUUAUUUAUUUAUCUACGUAUGAUUUGUUUAUUAAAACCGGGAAAUGAGGAACUCUAGAAUUAAUUUUAUUUGUUUGUUUUUAAUAGUUAUUAACACAUCAUGUCCAAGAGCAUUUGCUGAGGAAAUAUGUUGGAAGAAAGCCGCGUUUGGGACAACAGCAAAAGAAAAAUGCCCAUUCGGAUCAUCGGGUUUGUGUUUUGAUUAACUUAACUUUUUUUGAAAAUUUUGUGAUCUCAGCAUCUAUGCCGACGUUUUUUUAAACUUGUUGAUGAAAUGUUGUAUAAGAAGGUAAUUGUUUAUAUCUUGUUAUAUCUAUGUUAAACCAUACAAUUUCUAGUUUUAGUUUUUCUCGUAGUCAGUCGUUUUGCCGAUUAGUCAUUAUUUUAUAUAUGUAUUUGUACUGCUUUGAAGGCCGUAAGUUAGAUAAAUCAUUGGGUUAAUUUCGUCAACUUCGUUAAAUAAAGAAUAUUGUAUUGUAUUGUAUUGUAAACUCAAGUACGUGAACGAAAUCCUGCGAGCGCUUCUUUGAUGUGUUACUAAACAAGGAAUUUACCACUGUUAAGUCAGUGAAUAAAACCAAGUUACAUGAUAUUCACGAACUUUUGAGCAGUUACACUGAAAAUAACAUUAUUAGCGCCAGACUUCCGGCAAAUCUCUGAGGCGUGUCAAAUUUUCCCGCCGGUGGAAAAACGCGCGUCCUGCAGCGCUGAUCAUGAAGGCGUGCUCGAAAGCUAGGUUUUCACGUGAGAAGCUAGAUUUGGAGUCUGUGCUUUAAACACGAGUGUGGGUGAUGAUUCAGAUGAGAGUAACUUAGCAGCACAAGCCUGCAGUAAUGUUUAAUGUUCUGCACAACUUGUGUAGUUUUAACUCCCAAGUUCGCGGGUUCAACCGCAAUCAGAUCACUUGAGAUCACUGAAGAGAAAGUUUGUGAUUAAUGCUUUUCUUUCGUUCUGCUGAGUCAUGCUUUGUCGAUAUCUUGUUAUUAAUUUACGUUAUCAGCUCAGUUGAUAAUAUUAAAUUACCCUUGUGUCUUUUCUAGUUAAAAAAUUUGACGUCUGGAACGUCGACUGGAAGCCAGAUUUCGCCCUUGGUAUAUAUAUAGGACAGCAGUUAGAUCUUGCCAUCACGUUAUCCCCUCAACUGUACGCCAGAGACAUAGAAAUCGCACUGACGAUUAUCACCACUCUGUUUGGAUACGAGAGUCAACAAAACUCCAGCACGCUUGUUUCAGCCAAGACCAAGGAGUUUGCGAAGGUGCGAAAGUUAUAGAAAUUUAUUGCAGAAACCGCAUAAUUUCCAUCUCAGUCAUUUUAAAGUAAAGAUAUAGUACUUACCGCAGUUUGAGCAUCCAAGGGGAUUGUAUUCUCCGAGUAGUUGUCUUAAAAUGAGCAGAAUAUUCGCCAUAGUGGCCGCCGCCGACUUCAGCUCAUUUGGCGGGAAUCGAAACGCUUGCACCUCAAGCAACGAUCCCGUCAUGCCUAGCUCUUAACUCUUUGACCCCUAAGAAUGACUAGCAUCUAAUUUCUCCCUGUGAUAUCAUCCCUGAAUCAAAUAUUACGGUCACGAGAAUGAAGGAAAUGAUCACCAGUUAAGGAAGCUCUUGAUAGUUUAACAAAUUCUCCUUGUCAGGACCUUUGGAAAGGUAAAGAGAACAGUAUAGAGAUUAUGCAUACUGAUCGUAGGGUGCAUAGGGUAAACUGUACAAACAUUGCCUGAACUUUUGCCACUUUCAAAGGCAGACCUCCUCGCGUGAGGAAGACCUGUUGAAUCGGGAAACGCGUUCACUGCCUUAUCUGUGUAAAAAGUUUUGGUGGCGGAGAUAAUAGUUUUAUGGUGUCUAAAUUUCCUAUUUCUUGCCAAGUCACAAGAAACCCACAGUCAAGAAGUGAAAUUGUGACUAAGAGAGCUGUUUCGAAAGGAUGACGUGACACAACGUAAAAAUUUUUAGGACGGGAAAAUCCACUUUUAAUUCAAGUGUGCAGCUGCGAAUGUGCAGAGGAAGUUCACUGGUCAAUUUUUUCACCCUGAAGAGUGACUAGCAUUUACUUUUUCCUUACAAUAUCAGCCCUGAAUGACAAAAUAAGGUCAUGAGAAUAAUGGAAAUGAUCAACAACUACAGAAGCUCAGGAUCGUUGAACCAAUUCUCCUUGUUGGCACCUUAGGAAUUGUAUACUGCGUCUCUCAAGAACAACAACUCAAGUAAUUAUUUGAUAUGAUCCACAGGUCCUUCUUCAGUCAGCCAGUACGCUGUUUAGCUCCGAUAACAAAGAUGUGUGGGAAGACGUUCAACAGGUAAUAAUUAUUGGAUCAGUAUCUGAGCAAGUCUGCACCUACCCCUCCCCUAACCCCAGAACAGUCAACCAAUAACAAAUUAGUGUUAUUUUUGGGCUAGGGGAGGGGUAGGUGCGCAGUUGUGCAGGUCCUGAUAUAAAUCUGAAUUAUUUUUGCCGUUAUUUUAUUUUUUGCAAGUAAUCCACGGUCGAUUUGUCGCCGGUUUUUAUUUCGCUAUGCUCUCCACUUGGCUUGUGAAACUCACGCCCUUUCGGCCAUUCGUAUUACUGCAAACAGAAGCCAAUAACGAGUUUUUAACCGUGAUCAUCAUACUUGUUCGGAAAGCGCGCUUCUACUGGGAUAUUUUCAGAUGUUUGUGGUCAUUCGUUGACUUGCACAAACUGUUGUCAUGCGCAAUCCAUAGCAAACAUUGGCAGACAUUAGCUACCAAGACGCAAUUAUUAAUGGCCAAUCGUCACAAAAGAACACAAAAUUUCUCCGAGAACGCAAAAAAAAAGAACACAAAAUUUCGGCCGAGCAUCAAAAAGCACACAAAAUUUCUCUUCAAAUUCAUUUGAAUAUUUUUCCUAGAAACACAUGACCAGUGGAUUGUGAGCACCUUGUUUAUACCGACACUAGCUCGGAGGCACUGGCAGUGAGGUCAAGAGUUUUGUAAGGCGAUUUUUGGGAGCAGUAGAUAUUUUUAUGUACACUUACUCUACUAUUACCUUCCGUUGGCCGUAUAAGCCUCUUAUCUUGACUGCUGUUUCCUUUCAACUUGACAGCAAUCCGCAGGGACAGCGGCACUGUUAAAACAGAUGGAAAACUUCAGCGGAAACUUAGCCAGAGGUCUACCGUACUUAAAACGAGACUCGCGCAGAUACAGGCCCUCUACCGAAAGCAUUCUGCCACCGUACACGAUUAUUACUCCCAAUAUAGGUAAGAAAUCUAUUUUGUUGAGUUUGCUGUGUGUAACAGGGCUGUGUCGCAUUUUGAGGUAAUUUUAGUACUUACUUGUCGGGGAAUUUCUCUGCUCUGUCUCAGAAGUGACUGAAAUGUUCCAAACAAUAUCACUGCAUUUUUUGGAAUUUGAAAUUAUGAAAGACAGAUGAUGUCAAUAGAGAUUUCUGAUCAUUUUGAGGAUUUUAUUUGUGGUGUUUGGGUUAAGAAGCGCACGGUAGCUAUUAUCAGACAUUUAUGAAAUAUUCCUAAACGGCAUUUAACGCUAGAGAAUAUUUUAAUGUUCCUGCAACAACACUUGGUCCUGAUCUUGAUCCUGAACAUGCGCACGAAUGAUACUUAAAAGAAAGGUUUACAUCAAUCACCACCCCAACAUGCGUAAUAUUGUCCUGUCUUAUAUAUGCGAAAAUCGUAGAAGCCUAUUUUUAGAAUACCGUAACUGCGCCUUUUUAUUAGUGUUCCACAAACUAUGGAAACUGUUUGGGAUUAACCAAGUAGACGCUUUCGUUGUAAACAAACGGUUGCUUUCACUUGCUAAUAUCCACGCUUUGUUCUUCAUGUCAAAGGAUUCUCUGGAUUAUCGUACCCCGCGAGAACAGACCUUUACAGCGACUCUCCUUAUAAAAUUUGGCGUAAUAUCUCUAAUAGAAUUUACCUUCCUAAACCUUUCUUUCGUGGAAAAGGUAAGUCGUGAAUUUGACGUAACUUGCAUAACAAGUACCUGGGUUUAUGCUCGAGCACGGUUUUGCGGGUCGCCACUAGUCGCAAAAAAAUUGCCUCAUAAAAGGGAAGUUUAAAUGUCAAAUGAGGCGCUAAAAAUUGUGCCGAAGGAUAAUUCUAUUUUGUAAGAGCUACUUUAUAAAGUAUUCGCAGACAUAACUUGCCAGAAGACUGAUACGGCAUCUGUUCUGUAAAACUCAGUUCGAGCUUACUAACCCUUUCCUUGGUAAAGGGCCUCCCUAAAACUAAAGAAGGGGGCCUGCCAGGCCUUCGUGGGUAGUUACUAGAAUAAACCGUGAAACAGCAAAAUUAAUGCGCGUUUGGAUUCCGCGCGCGCGCACGCGAGGAUAAAAAGGAUAUUUAGGAGAGCUGGCAAACAAUAGUAAAAAAGAGAGGCGGAUUUGAACAAUUUUAAGAUUGUUUGAAUAUUUUUUUGCAAUGAUUAUGAUAAUGUUGUGAGUGACAGCUCUUUAAGAGAUCUAAAUAUUUUUUUAUUUAAUUUUGUUUCAGAUGUGGAAGACAACAUAGGAGUUGGCUUCAUGAUCAUCAGAAAUAUCGGAGAUUUAUUACCCAAAGCACUAAAUGCACUAAAUGCAUCGAAAGUACGUUUGGAUAGAAUUUUUAAACAAUUUUGGUUUUUCCCCCUAGUAUUUAGAAGAGACUAUUUCGUGGUUAGACUACGAGCAGUCCUUGCCUUGAAGCGAAGUCUGUCGCACGAGUUAAAAGAAAUUGAGGAAAGAAAAGAAAUUGAUGUAAGCACACCACGUUGAAUUUUGGGUGUGAGGGGCGAUAACCCCUUUUUUUUUCCCCACGGAAUUUAUUUUAAUCGUGCGACGGACUGCACCGAGAAGAAGGGACUGCUGGUAGUGUAUAUUGUGGUUUGAUUGAGAAAUGGAAUAUGUGCUAGAAAUAAUUAAAAGCAGUUUACGAUUUGCUCUAACUGCUUUUGUUUGUCUUUUUUUUAUUUUUUAUAAAACUCAUAUAUUGAUUUAUUUUAAGCGAGCCACGCUGUAGUUUGUGAGUGUUAUAAGCAUAAAUGAUUUCCAAGUUUGACAUCUGCAGUUCCUGUUAACCCUUUAACUUCCACGAGUGACGAGGGUAGAAUUUCUCCUUACAAUAUCAAUACAAUAUCAAGCAGACAAGUGACGAGAUUAAAGAAAAUAUAAAUUCAGGGAUUAUUAGUUGAUCCAAUACCCAAUUCUCCGAACUAGCAUCGUAGGAAUUGUAUGGCAGACAGUAAGGAGAAUUACUACUGAGAUCUUGGAAGUACAAGGUUAAUCUUCUUCAGGCUUAGCUCUCCUUAUUUCUUCCUUGUUUGAUGUAAUCUCUGAAAACUAUUUUUCUCCCCAAUGUGUAUAUUCUGUGUUUUUUAUCAGCAAAAGCGAGGCGAAUUAUCCUCGCAUUGCCUCAUGAGGAUUUUUAUGAUAUAAUCAAGGUCCCUUUUUUUUUUUACAGCGACUCGAAGUACAACGUUGAAGUCAGCUCUGAUGUCGUCUCUGUCAAGUUACCUCAGAUGGAAAUGGCUCCCUUAACAUAUCCUGCCCGCAUUGCCUUUACCAACAGACUUGUAAGUUGUUAUUCGUUACUAAUUUUAGCUAGGAUUUGUUUAAGAAACUAACCGAAGAAUGUUUAAGUUGUCUUCUCUUAAAUCAGCCUGGUUUACCAUGUGAUUAAUUCAACUGCUUGUCAUGUUGGUUUAUUUGUCAUCUUUCCUUUCUGUUAGGUGAAUCGAUCGUCUUACAUUUGUGUGCACUGGAAUUAUUCAGUACCGUGAGUAUAAUAAUGAAUAGCUUUAAUUUUAUGUUGUUGCAUACUCUCGAAUUUACCAUAGAGACACUUGUUUAGUCGCGCCGCUUUCGGGCCUGUGUACUCAUUUUCGUUCCGAGUUGUCGUGAGCGGGAGAACAUGGUAACCUAGAAACCGCCAAUCGGAGACACUACAAGAGCUGCACGUCGUCGUUAUGGCAAAAAACCGCUAUAAAAUAUACUAUAAUCGAAUAUGACUUGUAGAGGUACUUUUGGUUGACGUCUUUUGCCAUCAUUACGAAAAACAUUGGCUAUGCUUCAACUUCCGAACGGUUUUCCAUAUACAAGAGCGAUACUGGCGUUUGCUAAGAUGUAGCUUCUUCGCUCUUGCGAUCUAAGGAUCCAGACAACCAUUCGUCAUUUGCCCUACUGUUUCUUUGAGGAUACCCACACCACAAAAAAGCUGCCCUUUAGUUUAAGAACGCUUACUUUGCAUCCCAAUGUGCAAGGUUAAACUUUGCAUACAAAAAGACUCUUAAUUCAUGAUUACGUCAACUAGCAUUAAAGGAGUAUUUCGAUAUUCUACAUGGUAGUCUAUAGUGAGACUACUGCAAAAAUUCCACUACAGACACAAUGAAAACAGUUAUUCAGGAACCAGAAGACGCGUUGUGAUUGCUAAGCCUGCCUAUUGUUUUUCGUUACCAUAGAGACACGCGUGGUGGUGGUUGGUCACGUUACGGGUGUAAAUCAGUAAAGUCCAGUAGAACUCACACAGUUUGCUCUUGCACUCACCUAACGGCUCUUGCAGUCCUGUCAGACUUAAAUCUUCAGGUGAGGUUGAUGAUUGUGAAGCUGUUACAACAAAAACCAACAGCAACAACUUUACUACCUUGUUUUCAGAAGGCAUGCAUUUACAAUUACGGUGGUUACCAUAACAGCUAAAUAUCUAAUCUGGUCGAGUACCAUGAUACAUAUUUAGAAUUGAGUUGUUGGCAGUAGAUUGUAAAUAAGAAAGGAAAGAGAAAGAGCUGCAAGAUAAAGAUAUAUAACCCUUUAACUCCCAGACGUGAUUAACAUGCAACUUCUCCCUAUAAGAUCCAUACAUUAUCCACCAACAGGUAAUGAGAAUACCUCAACUUAUCAUGGAGUAGUUUGAUCUUGAUCUAACACCAAAUUCUCGUAACUUAUUUAUAAGAAAACUGUAUCAGCCAGAGGGGAGAAUAAACAUUCAGAUCCUGGGAGUCAAAGGGUCAACUUAAAGAUAAAGAAAUUAAAUUAAAUUAAUAAGUACCGGGUAGAAAGCUUUGAAGGAUAUCUUUUUCGUAUGGAUUAUUAGUUAACCCUUGAACUCCCAGAUUAAAUUUGUAAUUCUCCUUACUGUCAACCAUUCAAUUCUUAUAAUGUUAGUUCAGAGAAUUUAGUAUUGGAUCAACUAAUUAUCCCCAAAUUGAUCUUUUUCUUUAUUCUUAUCACUUAUCUGGUUGAUAUGGUAUUCAUAUUGUAAGGAGAAAUUCUGUCCUGGUCACUCAUGGGAGUUAAAGGGUUAAUUUAUUUUGAGGUCUGUAUGAGGGUCAAUCUCACUUUUUCCUUUAGAGGAGGUUGUUUCAGUUUCCAAACUAUUCCAACGGGAAGGCGAAUGUAAAAUUGUCAAUAAUUAGUUCGAAAAAAAGUGUUAUAACUGGUAGAUCUAUCAGAGUCUAAAUCUAGUUUUAUUGAGAACAUACAUUGGAAAAAAAAUGAUCCAAAUGAUCCAGGGAGAAGAUUGAAAUAAAAUUGGUUCAUAAAUUGAGAAUCGUGAAAGAAAACUAAGUCAACUUGUUUAAGUUGUUGUUGUUGUUGUAUUUUUGAGAGAGGAGGCAUGUUGUUGCAGUGUCACAAGUAAUUUUCUUUUUUUUUCUUUUUUUAUCAGUAUCGCGAGCAAGCAGCCUUUGCCAUGCGUUUGGUGACGUACAUUGGUAUAUCAGUGUCCCUUGUUCUGUUACUGACAGUUUUUAUACUAUUCUUGUGUCUAAGGUAAUUUUUAUUUGAUUUUCGUCAUUUUACUAACCUGGCCUUCUCACAACGGUGGUAAGAAAUUAUGGAAAUAUUCCAUAUCAUGAUCUCUUCUCCCAUGGACACUUCUAAUACAAAAUUGAACAAUACAAUAUUGAGCCCACGCACUUCUCGUAAGCGUAGAUAGCGGAACUCUUAGUGUUGUGGUGUGGUGUUGUUUUCCAAAAAUUCUUAAAUUGGGGGCAUCUGCAAAAUUCCCUUUCAAAAAAAAUGGAAGCUGUUAAAUGCAGUCCGGUAAAAGUCCGCUGCAAAAUGUUGUUGAGCAUACUCUUAUAGAGGAUGCGCCGUAUAAAUGCAUCAUUAUCAGUAACAUCACUGUUUUGUUUUUACAGCAAUCUGAAGAGCAACUCGAUAACAAUUCAUAAGAACCUUAUUGUGGCGGUCUUCGUCGCGGAGCUGACGUUCCUCUUGGGAAGCAGCAGAACGGCAGAUCAGGUUGGGUUAAAUAUAGGGCCAACUUAUGUUUACAGCAGGGUGAUUUAGUAUUAUCAACUCAAUUAUUAUCAACUAAAUUGAUAACGUAAUUUGGUCACCGUAAAGAGUUUCAAAGCUAGCUUUGAAAAACGACAGCGUUCACUCCAUGGAUACUUUUACGCACGUAAACGUCUACUUCAACUAUGGUUUUUUUUUUGAAACGCGUGUUCAUUAGUGCGGGCAAAAACGCAACAUUGGAAAUCUAGCUUUAGCUUUCUUUAAAACAUAUUAGUUUGGCUUCUGAUCUUACGACGUUGCUUUUAUUUUUGUUUCAUUGCAGAGAUUGUGUCAGUUGAUCGCCAUCAUGCUGCAUUAUUUCUUCAGCGCCUCUUUCUCGUGGAUGUUCGUCGAAGGUCUGCACAUGUAUCGCAGGCUCAGAGAAUAGAGGAAUAUAGACACUGGCAAAAUGUCCUUCUAUUUCUUCAUGGGGUGGGGUAAGUGGUAUGAAUGUUGUCCAACAGGGAAUGUAUGGUGUCAAUCCUUUGAAGUGACUAACCCUUAAAUUCUCCCUCUAACAUCCCUACAUUAUCCAGCAAACAGGAAGUGAGAAUAUCCAAAUUAUCAGGUAGAGGUUGUUAUCUUGAUCCAACACCAAAUAAUUGGGACUUAUUUACAAGGAAAUGUAAAGCAACUGGAGGAGAGAAUUAACAAUCACAUCGUGGGAGUAAAUAGGUUAAAUUUCGUGAGUUGUAAGCAGGAAUUUUUCGUAAAAAAAAAAAAAAAACGGAGGAGGGGGGAUGGAAGAGGAAUGAUUGGUACAAGAUGCCUACCAAAAGUUACAUUUUUAAAAUAUACGCUCGCCAUCACCUAUUUGAAGAUAAGUUUGCUUUUGAAAAUUAAUGCUUUCAAAUAAUAAUUAUAAAACAUAAUAAAACACGGAUUUCUGUGCAACGAGUGUGGUUUUUUUUUUGUCUCAGGAUGUCCCGCUAUUGUGGUCGAAGUUUCCAAUGCCUUAGCGAACGAGGGCUACGGAAACCAGAGAUUGUAAGUAAACUUACGGGUAUGGUCGCUGUAGAACUUUUUACUAGUCUCCGUAAACAGUUUGUUUGUACUUUUAACAUUCUUAAACCAAGCAAUAGAUAGUGACAGUUCCCACUAAUUUCGCGACAUUUGACCGUUUUUUAUUACUUUUCAGCUGCUGGAUGUCGAAAAAUGGAACACUUAUCUGGACCUUUACGAUUCAGAUCAUCAUCAUUGUCGCGGUAAGUAGCUUCACGAAUGAUCCCACUCCUGAUAUUAACGGCAAACCAAGAGGUAAAUCUCUUGUGGUAAAGUGAUUAUCAAUUGAAUUAAAAAUCUUUCAAAAAACAUCCAGUGACAUCUCUAGGAAGCUGGUCUCAUUCCCGUUCUCCUUACAACAUCAUCACGAUAUGAAGCAGGGCGGUGAUGAGAAAAAAAGAAAAAGUAUAUCAACUAGGCGAUUAUUACUCGAUCCAAUACCAAAUUCUCCGAACUAACAUCAUUAGAAUUGUCUUACAAAUGAGAAGGGUUAAUGUCAACCGUCCACUUUUCACCCGUUCUUCCUCAUCUAGUUUUCCCAUCCUCCUCUCCACUUAUAAUUUCGUUGCAGAUACUGUGUUGAUGAACGGUGGGCCCGUUUUAUUUAUAUUUCGUUUUGUGACUUAGUGUUUGCCUCAGUGGCAUUCUUUGGCGCAGUUGACAUGCAUGUUGCUGUGGCAAACAAGACAAACAACUACAUAGAGAUGACGGUCUGAAAUUGUUCAUAUUUAUACACAAAUUUUGCAUUUGUGGAAUGGUGCGGUAUUUGUAUACCUUUACAUUGAUUGAUUUAGUAUGUCAUGUUUUUCAUUGAUUUUCUUUUUAUCAUCUUAGCUCAACACACUCGUCUUUAUCAUGGCGCUGUUCAUUUCACUUCAAAAACAAUCAAGGAGACGUCGCCCGCAUCAUCACCAUUACCAUGGCGACGAACAAUCUAACUUGACGUAAGAUAGCACUUUUGACUGAUACAUGAGCGUAUCAAUCGUCUCUUGCUAAAGCUUGGUUUUCACAAGCGACGCAAGCAUAAACACAAGCAUAACAGCUCAGAGAAGCAAGCAAGAAUAUAGCGCAAAACCGCUUUAUUUUCCGUAGCAGUGUAACGAGUCGGUUCACCACAGACAACAGUAUCACGGAUACUAUAGGAGAUGAAGAUACCAGUGCACCAGGUGUGUGUUUGAAAUGGAAUUUCUCUCAAAUGUGCUCUAUACAUUCUGCUCAGUCCAAGUAAUGAGAAAGUGGUUUUAAAUAAAUUACAGUGACUUCUAGUCGGCUUCUAUACCCUAGAGACCGAAGAAAAGUGCCCCCUUCUAAAUCCCCUUAUUUUUUUCUUCAAUGAAGACCAGAUUUGUGCCCUACGAAGCCAAGUUUUCUUUAAUUACAGUCGUCCUACAAGAAAUGUUCCUUUGCAAUUCAAUUCGGUGGGGAGAAAAGAAGAAUCACCUAGAAAGUAAAUACAAGACUUAAAACACAAAAGCAAUCAGAAGCAAUCUCAACCAACAAUCAUACCUGGAGCCAGGCUAACUGGUUUAGCGCAGAAGGGGCCGGGCAUUGAUUGCUUGAUAGUGGAAUUUAUCAUUGCUUUUUUUCAAGGAACCAACUCCUCUGAACCAUUUAGGAAUGACUUAUGGCUUGCAGAAACUGUACAUUCUGUUUGUUUGUUUGUUUGUUUGUGUCGUCCAAGUCUUUCAUUUCGCUCAGCGAAAAUACGUUGUAAUGGAGUUAUUCCUCAUUUCUGGGAACUAAUUUUUGUUUGGUUGUUCAAAUUUUUUAGAUGGAAAAUCGCGAAAGGCCAAGUACCCUGAUAAUCCUGAACUCGGUAAGUCGUUUACAAUGCGUAAACUCAAACAUUUCUAUGUUUAAACUCCUUUGUAGUCAAUAUUUUGAUGGUCACGAAACGAAGAGGAAAAUAAGGGUGAUAUUACUUCGUCACGCAAUAUUGUUGUGCAGCGAAACAUCUGUAACACAUCUUUGGUACAGUCAGUUAAAGGCUAACAGUCUUGUGAGUAUAUAUAGAGUGGGUAGCAUUAUAGACGCACUCUGAUUGGCUACUCAAACUCCAAAUAUCCCUUGCUAAUCACCUCCGAGCAACGCGCGCGCGAUUUGCGCCCGGAAAGAUGGUAAUCGUUGCAGGAAGAAAUGCGUUCGGGUUUUUACCUAAUUAAUUAUGCAAAAAAUACAGUAAAAUUGACCAAUUUUAAUGUGCUAGUGCUGAAGGAAGAUUUUUCGUAAGAAAUCGGUGGUGUUUUUACUUCAAAAUAUAAUUCAUUUGAUUUUUAUUUGUGGCACUUUUAGGAGCUUUGGUGUAAUUUUAAAAUUUACAUGAUUUUUUAACAAAGUACUCUCAAACGCUUGUUGCAAAAAGCGAAAAAUAAAGCAACUUCAAGCCUUCAAAACGCGUCUUGGUACAUAAGAAAUCAUGUCAAAUUACAUGCGGGCACAAAGUUUGGUCCUUAUACGAAAAUAAUAUGAAAUAAAAAAUUUGGGUGAUUCAGAAAAGUGCCGGCAAAAUAAAAGAGUUUGCGACGUACUGUGGCCAAGAUCAGGAAGCAAGCAACACUUUCACCUUUACCGGUAACCCUUUAACUCCCAAGAUCUCAUUAGUAAUUCUCCUGACUGUCUGCCAUAUUGUUCUAUAGAAGUUAGUUUGGGGAAUUUGGUAAUGGUCAAGUAAUAAUCCCUAAUUAAAUUUUUCUUAUUCUCAUUACUUGUCUGCUUGAUAUUGUGUUGAUAUUGUAUUGAUAUUGUAUUGAUAUUGUAUUGAUAUUGUAUUGAUAUUGUAUUGAUAUUGUAUUGAUAUUGUAUUGAUAUUGUAUUGAUAUUGUAUUGAUAUUGUAUUGAUAUUGUAUUGAUAUUGUAUUGAUAUUGUAUUGAUAUUAUAUUGAUAUUGUAAGGAGAAUUCUGUCUUGGUCACUCAUGGGAGUUAAAGGGUUAACCCCCUGUUACUAUCCAGUAUCCCAAGUGAUCUUGUGUUGUACUUUCAUGAUCUCAGAGUUAGUCUUCACUUUAUAUUGAAAAAAUUUAAUAAAUACAAGAAUAAGUAACCCUUUUUCGAAAUGUUUUUUACCCAGUAAAUCAUUUCUUUCUUUGUUUAGAGUGGCAUUAUCAUUGUUGACGAAUGUAAACUUGCCGUGGCAGGUAAUUUUGGGACUAAAGCAGCCUCCUUCUCAUGUGCCGCAGCACGGCAGUCUUCAAAUUAAAGAUGAAUCGGAAAAUUACAGGUACAUUUUUAUGUAAAUGCACACCAUCAAGAAUAGGCAGAGUGGCUGAGUACUUAGGGCACUGGCCACCUGCUUAGGGACUUGCCAAGUGCUUAGGGACUUGUCAUCCGGUUGUCCCAGGUUGUAGUUCUCCACUCUGCUACUCACUGGAUUUGUUUUCAGUUGCACUGUGUUCCACUCGUUGACUUUGCUCUGUUUAAAGUCAAUUUGUCUGCCUUUUACGAGUUGCGGUUCUUAAAAACUGUGUUGACGUUUAUUUACUAUGUUUAUUUACUAUGUUUAUUUCCAAUUUGUUUGAAUUAAUUAUUUCUAAAAUUUGUAAGCAAAUUGAGAAUAAAGAAAUAUAUCAUACGAACUGUUAAUAGUGUUAUUAUUAUUGUUAUAAUUAAUUGUUAUUAUUAUUGUUAUUAUUAAUCAUCAUCAUCAUCAUCAUCAGAGCUUUAGGUAUUUAUAAACGGGUCAAUAUAUGCAAUAAUUUUAGUAUAGUGGGUGACCUUUAUUGUAAGAAGUUUUUGACAUGUUCUUGACCCCAAGCAGUGUUUUUUUUUGUCAGAUUACUUAUGUCAAACUGCAGUUGGAGCUCUCAUUUCUGGGAGUCAAAGGGUCAACUGUAAUCUUGAGGGCUAGAACUUCCUGAUCAGUGCGCUUUGAUCACAAGUGUUCACUUUUGCAGUACUUGACCUAUACAUAAUUCUAGAUUUUAACUUACUUUUUAAAUUCACAAAAUUGUUUAUGGAAUGUUUUCGUGUUUGUAAUAAAAAGUGAACUGCAAAUAGCAACACCGGGUUUUUUGUUUUGUUUUGUGUUUUUUUUUUGCUCCUUGCAUUUGACAGGCCCUCUUCUUCUCGGUGGGCCCGUGCAGCUACCAAUUAAAUUCUCAGUCCUCUACAAACAUUUUGCUGGCUGCAUCAGAAAUGUUUACAUCAAUCACGAGUUCUUGGACCUCAGUCAGCCAUUGUACAACAACGACGGAACCAGUGCUAAAUGUAAAGCAAUGGGCAACACGUGCGCAUAUAAACCUUACGGGCGAGGCACGUGUUUUUACAUACUUGGUUCUCACCGGUGUGACUGUCCCACUGGGUUUGAUGGAAGUCGCAGUGAAACAGGUAUUGAAUUUUAUUUUUUUUACGAAUAUGUAAUGUUCUUCGCACUUACUAUAGUUUGAAGCGUUCGGAAGAGUACGGAAUCUUCUGAAAUCUUUUCAGAUGCUUAGUAUCUAAGAUGCAGACAACAGUUCAUGAGUUGUGCAUGAUAAAGGACACCUUAUGAGCAUUUAAAUGUAUGCGGUUCUUUGUUAUGAAAAAUAUAUAGUCGGGUUUAUCUGAUUUAGUGGAUCUUCAAUUAAUAAAUGCACGAAUUUAAUCACCGGUAUUUUCGCCUUGAAUUAUCGAUCCAUACCAGAUUUUGACCCGACAGUUCUGAGAAAAAACCAAAAAAUCAGUUUUACUGUACAUCCGACGAAGAUCUGCAGGUUUCAAAAACCCUGUGAACAAUCCUCAGAGUUGAAAGAUUCCCUUCCUUAAUGUUAAGGGCCGAGUUCCUCAAAUACUGUCUUCUGUUGUGUCAGCAAUUUCUGUUUCUUAACCCUUUCACUGCUAAGAUAUCAUUGUUAAUUCUCCUUACUGUCUGUCAUACAAUUCUUAUGAUGUUAGUUCUGAGAAUUUAGUAUUGGAUCAAUUAAUAAUUCUCUAAUUGAUAUUUUUUCUUCAUUCUCGUCAAUUGUCUGCUUGAUAUUGUUUUGCCAUUGUAAGGAGAAAUUAUGUCUUGGUCAUUUAUGGCAGGUAAAGGUUGUUGUAACUCAGGUUAAUUAAUUUCCUAAACCCUUUAACUCCUUGAUCAAAUUUGUAAUUCUCCUACUGUCAACCAUACGAUUCUUACGAUGUUAGUUCAGAGAAUUUAGUAUUGGAUCAACUAAUUAUUCCCAAAUUGAUGUUUUCUUUAUUCUCAUCACUUACCUGGUUGAUAUGGUAUUAAUAUUGUAAGGAGAAAUACUCUCUUGGUCACUCAUGGGGAGUUAAAGGGUUAAAUUGGAGAGAAAUUAUCCAGGCCUCCAGUCAGCGUUGAUUUUCUGGGAUUCGCAUUACCCUAAAAUACCCCAACUAAGGAGAACGUCAAUUUCUUAUCACGGGUUCUUUGAUGUAAAGUAUUCAUACAAACUUCCUUGUUCAACAGGUGUGAAAUACACUAGGAGAUUCUCAAGACGGAGUUUUAAGAGGGUGCCUGCCAACUCAAAGGUCAAUCUUCUGUGGAGUGUUUCAAUGAGAUUCCGCACAGCUAAGCCAUCAGGAACUCUGUUUGAAAUCUCUUUUUCGUCAUCAUCUUCGGUGCCGGAGGUAAGUUAUGUAAAUCAAGAUACAUUUUUAAAAGCCAUUGAACGUUGAUAUACUUACGUGAACUUUGUUUCUAUUUCAGUUGGUUGAUGGUAAACUGUCGCACAACUACAAAGAGUUGUUGGUUCUCCAAUUGCCUCACAUAGCAGUGAAUGAUACCCAGUGGCAUCACAAGUCAAACAUGAAUUAUCAAAAGAUGUAUUUGAAAUGUCGUCAGAAGAAUUGUAAUCUAUUCCAUUGGUGGCGUUACAAACCCUUCAGGAAAACACAGCAAAUUCUGUGUGCUGACAUGGAAUGACAUUUUUUGUCGUAGAUAGACGACGUCAUCUUACACUGCCCUUAUUUUAAAUUGUAGAAGAAGGAGUAGAUGCAUAGGCUGAAAAAUUUUCGGACAAUAAAUGGCGAAGUUACGCCUAAGAACUUAUGGGUUUUAAACCUCAUGAACUCGAUGCCUUAGAACAAGGGGAUCUUAGAGAUUUUCUAACAUUUAUAUCAAUUUUAAGUAAAAUGGUAUAAUUCGCGUUUUUCAGAGCGUAGAUUUAAGGAAGGCAUAUCCACAGAUGAAGAACUGUUCUUAUUAGCUCAGGAAUUAGCCAAAGAAGAUCCUAAAAAAAGUGGAAGAAUUUUUCACGAUUUUAUUUCAAAAAUGAAUUUUGUAAAUUUUUUAAUUUUUCAAUAGGUGAGCUUUCUGAAGAAGAGCAUGCACAUAUUGCGCAGAGGAUUGGAUUAUCGUUGUUUAGGAAGUUAGCUCCACGAUUAGGCCUAACUAGUAGUGAAUUAGAAUGUUCAGAAAAC